AUAGGUAGCAGAAGUCCAUCACUCACUAUCCCAACCAAUCUCACUCACUGACUUGAGUGUGUGUGUGUGUGUAGCUUGUGCUUCAUCCUUUUUCUCCCUUUCCCACGGCUCCAUCCAUUAUCAUUCGUCACUGUCCGGGUUUUAUUGCUGCAGCAGUACACACACAUUACAAAUAAUUGUUAUCUUGUUGUUGCAAAUGUGAUGCAUCCUGCUGUGGCCCUCCCUUGUUAAUCAUCCAUCCCUUCCAUCCCUGGGGUGCUUCUUUGCCAUGGCUCCUCAGCAGGAGAGCAACAAGGACGGCGGCGCCGCGACCACGCCGACGACGGAGGAAGAAGAAGAGGAAGAGGAGGAGGACGAGGAAGAGCAUCAUCGCCAUGGCGAGCGGCCGCUGCUCUUGGCGUGUGAGCAGGAACAGGAUGCCGGCAAGCCAUUGCCAUUGCCGGUGAAGAGGAGAAGGAGGAGCAGCAGCCUGAGUAGAUCAUCAAGAUCAGGCGAGCAGGGGUGGCAGGAGGAGGCGGCCGGGCCCGGCGGCGGCGCACGGUCGCUGUCCUUCUCCAGGCUCUUCAGCAGCUUCAGGAUGACGGCCACCACCUCCUCCUCUACCUUGGACAUUGACGAGCUAGCUGCCGCUGAAGACGGCUGUGCAGAGCAAUGGCAAUGGCGAUCGCAGUCCAAGCGGCAACAUCCGAAGCCGCCGGUGUGCCGGACGCAGUCGAUGCCGAUGGCCACCAUUUCUAGGAGGCUGCCCGCCCAUGGCGGCAAGAAGCGGGUGGCGGACUCGAGCUCCCUGCGCCGGUUCCGGGUGUCCUUGUCGUCGGUGCCCAUGCCAUUGCCGGAGUCGGCGCCGCCACCCUCUUCGCCAUCGCCGUCAGAAGAAGCAGGAGAGGAGGAAGAGGAGGUGGGGGAGGAGGAGGCGGUGUGCCGGAUCUGCAUGGUGGCGCUGCUGGAGGAGGAGGAGGAAGGAGGGGAAGCGGCAGGCGACGGCGUGCUGAAGCUGGAGUGCCGGUGCAAGGGCGAGCUGGCCCUAGCGCACCGCCGCUGCGCGCUCAAGUGGUUCGGCAUCAAGGGCGACCCCAACUGCGACGUCUGCGGCCACGAUGUCCUCAACCUCCCCGUCACCCUCCGCCGCGUCGCCGCCCCUCCCCCACCACCACCUCCUCCCCUCACCGCCGGCAAUGGCAAUGGCAGCACCAGCCAAGAGGAAGAGCAAGAAGCAAGAGAAAGAAGAGGGCUGAGAGGUGUGUGGCGGCACGGGACGGUGAUCCUGGUGACGGUGAGCAUGCUGGCCUACUUCUGCUUCCUGGAGCAGCUGCUGGUGGGCGACCACGGCAACGCGGCCGCCGCCCUCGCCGUCUCGGCGCCCUUCGCCGUCGUGCUCGGCACCUUCUCGGCGCUCACCACCGCCGGGAUGGCCUCGUCGAGAAGGUACGUGUGGGCCUACUCGGCGCUGCAGUUCCUGCUGGUCGUCCUCUUCACCCACCUCUUCUACCGCUACGUCAGGCUCCAGGCCGUCAUCGCCAUCAUCCUCUCCGCCUUCGCCGGCUUCGGCGUCGCCAUCUGCGCCAACGCCGUGCUGCUCCAGGCCGCCCGCUGGAGGGCCGCCACUGCCGCCCGACGCCCCCCGCCGCCGUCGUCGGACCUCGAUACCCCUCAGCCAUAGACAACAUACAUAUACAUAUGUAUAUACUCUGCUGUGCUCUACUUUCUUGCUGUACAGAUACAGUUACCUGAUGGCCACCCUUCUCCCAGAUUUUGUGUACGAAUGUAUGUGUUUGGAAAUACGAAGACAAGAAGAUGUAUGUAGUACUAAGAAAAAGGACCUCUUGCUUUUA